CUGAAGUGGCGAACGAUUGAUCGAUGGAACGCCGCGGCUGAACGAAUUCCGCGAAUUUGCCAAAAAGUAAAUUAACGUUUUUCACCCAUCAACAAGCCGCUGAGCCGUUACUACUACGCAUAGAAGGCUGAAAAAACAGUGAACUUGUUCAGCAGAAAUACCAUCUGCGUUGCAAUGAAGCAUAAGGAACUUGAAGUACCAGCCUCUCCAGGAUGGGUGCGGCCGGAUGACGUCAUGAAAGCUCGCAAGCUGAAAGUCAAGCGUCGGGCUCUGCAGGCCAGAAUGUGUGGCAGCAAUUCAAAGCCUAUUAUGGUUACAAAUAUAUCAAAAUCUUCUAUAUUGAAGCCACGACAUAAUCCUUUCAGACGGUCCCCAGCAAAGAAAUCAGCCAUAAGUGAAGCAACCUAUACACUCCAUUCUGAUUGUGCUGAUCUCUCUACUGAUGCAACGCUCUUCAAUUUGCUUCACAAUCCUCUACUACAGCAAAAUUCCGGGGAAAAGACCGACUCCUUACCUUACACAUUCACUCAAGCAUUGCGUCAACAAGGCAUACCUACUAGUGAUGAAAAGGAGCCUUGUGUACCAUGGCUGGACCAUCUAAGUGUGGACUGGAGUUUAAAGACCAAUCUACGUUUUACAUCAGACCAACCUUUGCCAUGGAAAACUAACUUCAAGACAUGUGAAGAGGCUAGUGGCACGACCGGUAUGGCACGCUGUCUAUGGGGCAGCAAGAGCAACAGCGACCUAGACACAUCCCCCAACUCUGAGUUCUACCAAAGAUGCCUCGUUUGGCAACACCCUAGUAUUCCCGGAGUUCCAUUAUUCCCGCGAGAAGGUAGCAAGGCCAACUCAGCCUUGUCCCGCUCUGCGAGCAGUAACAGCAAUGGUGUGGUCAGCUCGACCGGUCCUUAUGCUGGGUUAUCUGAACCUCUAAUGGCAGCCUGGCGCGAGGCGCUGCGAUCUUUACACCAGCUGAUCAGAGUUCGUCAGUGUCCGUACUUCUAUGUAUGUGCACCAACCUUCACUGUGGUGUACCGCGCUGCUGGUGUCUGUGGCAUCCCGCAAGCGCAUGCCCUCCUUACUCCUACUACGCGCGGCCUGCGCAGAGCCAUAAAAGAGGAAGGUAUUGACUUCAAGAUGCCGCUGUGCAAGCAAUUCUCCUCAUCUCAGAGUGAUGGCAGUCUGUCAUCUAAGAGCGGCUCUGACAACAGCUGUGCUUCUUUGGCCUCGUCUCCUACGUCAGCAACUGAGGGAGUCUCCUCUCCUCUCCCUUGUAAACCUCCUGCUGCUGACGAAGAUGACGGCGUGAUAGAUGACGGCGAAGACGCUACGUCCUUCCUAGCUAAUUUGGGCGUCGAUACAUCACAGUUUGCGAAUCUCAACCCGGACCGAAUUGUCAAUUCGUCGGUGCACGAGAUAGACCGCAGUCCUCUGUCACUGCUGUACAUCGCUGACCCUGAUACCCACGGCCUCACUAAUUUCCUCCUCAACUCGCCAUCAUGUGUUCAGCACACUGGGCCUAUGGCUGGAGUGCCCCCAACCCUCCUGGCCCCUGUUGCUUUUCAAGGUGCCACGCUCCUUCCCUAUAAGGUGAAGGGAAGUUCCAUACGCAUGGAGGGCAAGUUAAAGCACAGUAUGGAGGUAGCGGGUCCCAUCCUACCGCACACGCCUCUGCAGCUCAGCAGCCUCCUCACACAGCACCUACAGAACUUUGCUUUCACAGCCACUCCCGUUGCCAGCACCUUGUCGUUCUCCACGUGCACUCCACACCUAAGCUAUAACUCUAUGUCUAAGGCAUUUGCUGAGGGCGGUCUUGUCGACUGUGGACUGGAAGCCAGUGUUCGCUCCAUUGUUUGCGAUAGACCGCAUCACCAAGCCUCCAGUGGACCUUCUGAAACACAAGCCACAGACGAUCUUAAGGACCAUACAGCUGACUUACCUCUUACCUACAGGCACGUUAAAUACUCGGAAGGAAAGUUCACGUGGACAGAUCAAAUGCCCACCACCAGAUGAUAGCGUCUUAUCGGGGCAUGACGCAGCUUGUAAUGACAGGAUCGGUAACUUAAUUUAAUAUUCUAUUUUAUAUAAAGUUGAUUGUGAUCUAAGCGCGGCUUGUCAAAUCUUAAUAUAACGUAUUUAUUCA